GAGCAGUGGUGCAGACCGAAGGACAGCGCUCGAUCGGGGACGCGGGGGGUGCCACCGCAUUUACCAGCCACAUGCACGCAUUCAUUGCCAUCCCGAUUCAACACCCGGCUCCCUAAUGGCAUCGCCCGGUACUAGGACUACAAGAGCCGCAGCGGCAGCCGUCGCUCCUCCUCCACAGGGACAGGGGUCGUAGUAGCGGUAGAUAGGACAAGAAGUCGGAGAUCGAGAAGGAGUAGGAUCCAACAGGCAUGGAGAUGGGCAGGAGUUGGCAAGAGCUCGGCGUCGUCGACACCAUCUACGAGGACGACCAAGAGGAGGAAGACGAGGAGGAGGAGGAGGAGGAAACGGAGGACUGCUUCAACUCGCCCACCAUGUCCUCCUCGGCGCCCACGUCGGCGUCGUGCUCGCCCGCGGCUCCGUCCGCCUCCUCCCUCCCGCCGGCGCUCAGGAACGCGGUGCAAGGAUGGUCGCGGGAGAAUGGAUUGCGCAAGCCGGACGUGAUCGUGCGUGUCCAAGAACACUGCUUCCAUCUGCACAGGGACCCGAUCACGUUGGACAGCAGCUACCUGAAGCGGCAGCUGUCGGAGAGCAGCGACAUCGCCGUGGACCUACCGGCGGGCCUCACGGUCGAGGCGUUCGCCGACGCCGUGGCGUCCUGCUACGGUGCUGACGUGGCGCUGUCGCCGGACAACCUCGCCGCGGCGUGGGUGGCCGCGGACUGGCUGGAGCUGACCGCGGAGGACGGGCUGGCACGCCGCGCCGAGGACUACUUCUUCGAGGAGGUGGCCAUGGACCACGACCGAGCCGCGGUCGUUCUACGGUCGUGUGCGGCGUUCCUCGGCGGCCAGGCCGCUGGGGCCGGCGCUGGACUGCUCGUGCGGUGCCUGGAGGCGCUCGCGGCGUCCGGCGGCGCCGACGGCAGAUGGCUCGAGGACGUGGCCGCCCUGCCGCUCGAGGAGUUCCAGGUUGUCGUGGAGGCCAUGCGCGCGCGGCUCGCGCACGACCACGACCUCAUGUACACCAUCGUGGAUCACUACCUCGAGAACCACAAGGGGAAGUUGACGGAGGAGGAGAAGAGCCGGCUGUGCUACAACGUGAACUGCGCCAAGCUGUCGCACCACCUCUUCAUGCACCUCGUGCAGAACCCGCGGCUGCCGCUCCGCUUCGUCGUCCAGGCCAUGCUCGUCGAGCAGCUCCACUCCCACCACUCCAUGCUCCUCACCCAGCACCACCACGCCGCCGCCGCGGCUCCUGUCUCCACCGCGCCGCUGCCGAUGCCGCCUGCGCUACAUAAGAGGUCCAUCUCCGGCGCGUUUAGCAGCGCCGUCGCCGCCGCGGCCGCCGGGGACGCCGCCAGCAUGACGCUCGGCGACAUCCUCCAGCGCGACUCAAUGCUGCGCCAGUCCGCGCACAUCCGCGCAUCCAUGGAGGCCACGGGGCACCGCAUCGACACCCUCGAGCGCGAGCUCGCCGGUCUCCGCUGCCGCCUGCGCCGCUCUGAGCAGGCCGCGGCUGCUGCCACGGCGUCGGCCGCGAUCGACCGCGUGUCCGCCAAGUCGGCCAGCUUCCGCAUUCCGCGCAGCCGGCUUUGGGAUGGCGAGGACCUCUCGUCCAGCACCGCCACCACCGGCCGCUCCAUCGCGAAGGACAACCUUAGCCUCAAGUCACGUCUGGUGCACGGGUUCAAGAGCCUGUUCGGCCGGAGGCCAGGGAACAAUGUCGCGCCGCCUCCUGCGAGCAGUGAUGACGCUGGCACUGAUGUCCGCGUCGGCGAGGAAGGCGCGUGUGUGUCAUGUCCGCCGGAGCCAGAGGACGGCUACGACAAGGAGUUGUGCAAGGAGGAGUGGAGUGCUCGGCCUCACCGGAGGAACCUGUCGAUGGUGUGACCAGGCGAUGACCGCGAGAGCCGAGAGAUCAGUGGCAAUAGGUGCACGCCGAAUACUUGUUGGAUGCUUUGGUGCUUAAUCUACUAUAUUAAAGGAGGAUCUUCCGUCGUGA